CAAGAUGGCGGCGCAGGCGGCGGCGGCGGCGCAGGCAGCCGCGGUGCAGGCGGCGCAGGCCGAGGCGGCCGAGUCCUGGUACCUGGCGCUGUUGGGCUUCGCCGAGCACUUCCGCACGUCCAGCCCGCCCAAGAUCCGCCUGUGCGUGCACUGCCUGCAGGCCGUGUUCCCCUUCAAGCCGCCGCAGCGCAUCGAGGCCCGCACGCACCUGCAGCUGGGCUCCGUGCUCUACCACCACACCAAGAACAGCGAGCAGGCGCGCAGCCACCUGGAGAAGGCGUGGCUGGUGUCUCAGCAAAUCCCACAGUUUGAAGAUGUGAAGUUUGAGGCGGCAAGUCUCCUGUCGGAGCUGUAUUGUCAGGAGAACUCAGUGGAUGCCGCCAAACCGCUGCUGCGCAAGGCCAUCCAGAUCUCCCAGCAGACACCCUACUGGCACUGUCGCCUGCUCUUCCAGCUCGCUCAGCUGCACACGCUGGAGAAGGACCUGGUGUCGGCCUGUGACCUACUGGGCGUGGGUGCUGAGUACGCACGCGUGGUGGGCUCUGAGUAUACCCGGGCACUGUUUCUGCUCAGCAAAGGAAUGUUGCUGCUGAUGGAGCGGAAGCUGCAGGAGGUGCACCCGCUGCUGACCUUGUGCGGGCAGAUCGUGGAGAACUGGCAGGGGAACCCCAUCCAGAAGGAGGCGCUGCGAGUUUUCUUCCUGGUGCUGCAGGUCACCCACUACCUGGAUGCGGGGCAGGUGAAAAGCGUGAAGCCAUGCCUGAAGCAGCUGCAGCAGUGCAUCCAGACCAUCUCCACACUGCAUGAUGAUGAGAUCCUGCCCAGCAACCCCGCAGACCUCUUCCACUGGCUGCCCAAGGAGCAUAUGUGCGUGCUCGUCUACCUGGUCACCGUGAUGCACUCCAUGCAGGCCGGCUACCUGGAGAAGGCACAGAAAUACACAGACAAGGCGCUCAUGCAGCUGGAGAAGCUCAAGAUGCUGGACUGCAGCCCUAUCCUGUCGUCCUUCCAAGUCAUCCUGUUGGAACACAUCAUCAUGUGCCGGCUUGUCACAGGCCACAAGGCCACGGCGCUGCAGGAGAUCUCCCAGGUCUGCCAACUGUGCCAGCAGUCGCCCCGGCUCUUUUCCAACCACGCGGCACAGCUACACACGCUGCUGGGCCUGUACUGCGUCUCCGUCAACUGCAUGGACAACGCCGAGGCCCAGUUCACUACCGCACUGAGGCUCACCAACCACCAGGAGCUGUGGGCCUUCAUCGUCACCAACCUGGCGAGCGUGUACAUCCGGGAGGGCAACCGGCACCAAGAGGUACUCUACAGCCUGCUGGAGAGAAUCAACCCCGACCACAGCUUUCCUGUCAGCUCCCACUGCCUUCGAGCCGCGGCCUUCUACGUGCGGGGUCUCUUCUCCUUUUUCCAGGGGCGCUACAAUGAGGCCAAGCGCUUCCUGAGGGAGACCCUGAAGAUGUCGAACGCGGAGGACCUGAAUCGCCUCACAGCCUGCUCGCUGGUGCUCUUGGGCCACAUCUUCUACGUGUUGGGCAACCACAGGGAAAGUAACAACAUGGUGGUGCCCGCCAUGCAGCUGGCCAGCAAGAUCCCCGACAUGUCCGUACAGCUCUGGUCGUCCGCUCUGCUGCGAGGACCUGAACAAGGCCUGUGGAAUGCCAUGGACGCACACGAGGCAGCACAGAUGCACCAGAAACUUCUCGCAACAGCUGCCUCCAGGACCACAUCGAAGCCUGUAGCCCUCCCUGAGCACAACCUCAUCACGGGUAAUAGGGGCUAG